GCGUCUUCUCCUCGUUCAUUGCCUCAAUCAGCUCAACUGUGAACUCCAUGCGCCUGGCACGCGCGGAAGAGAUCAAACAGAAGGCGGAGCUCAGGCAGUUCUUCAUGGACCGAAAUCUCUCCGUCGAACUCUUUGGCAAAGUCCAGAGCGUUCUUGCCAAGGAGGGGCUCUUCGAGGUCCGAAAGCUGGAAAAUCAGGUGCAACUCGUGAAGACAAUCCCUGAAAGAUUCAAGGUGCAACUGCACCGGGAGAUGUUCCUGAAUUCACUGGCAAAGGUGGGCAUUUGGCCGAAGUGGAGCCACAAAGAGGACACGCAGUUCCUCCUCACCGUUUGCCACCACGGAAUGAAGGAGCACGUCUCCAUGCUGGGUCAGGAUGUCUUCAUGCCUGGGCGGGAUUGCCUUGAGGUGUACAUUCUCGACAGCGGCUCCUUAGAGUAUUUGCCAAGCGGACAGAUGCCGGUGGAGUGCAGUUCGAGCUCGGACACAGAGGCG